GCGCCUGCGCGCACAGCCUGCUGGGAUGCCGCCUCUUCCCUCUCGACCUCCCAGUUUCCCGGCGUGCUUCGGGCCCGCCAAAUGGGAGGGGGAGACGCAAGAUGGCGGCAGCCGCGAACUCCGGCUCUAGCCUCCCGCUGUUCGACUGCCCGACCUGGGCAGGUAAACCCCCACCUGGCUUACAUCUGGAUGUAGUGAAAGGAGACAAGCUAAUUGAGAAACUGAUUAUUGAUGAGAAGAAGUAUUACUUAUUUGGGAGAAACCCUGAUUUGUGUGACUUUACCAUCGACCAUCAGUCUUGCUCUCGAGUCCACGCAGCACUGGUUUACCACAAGCACCUGAAGAGGGUUUUCUUGAUAGAUCUCAACAGCACUCAUGGCACUUUCUUGGGUCACAUUCGGUUGGAACCUCACAAGCCUCAACAGAUUCCCAUCGAUUCUACGGUCUCAUUUGGUGCAUCCACAAGGGCAUACACUCUGCGAGAGAAGCCACAGACAUUGCCAUCAGCUGUGAAAGGAGAUGAGAAGAUGGGUGGAGAAGAUGAUGAACUCAAGGGCUUACUGGGACUUCCAGAAGAGGAGACUGAGCUCGAUAACCUGACAGAGUUCAACACUGCCCACAACAAACGAAUUUCAACCCUCACUAUUGAGGAGGGGAAUCUGGACAUUCAGAGACCAAAGAGGAAGAGGAAGAACUCACGGGUGACUUUCAGUGAGGAUGAUGAGAUCAUCAACCCAGAGGACGUGGAUCCCUCUGUCGGCCGCUUCCGGAACAUGGUGCAGACUGCAGUGGUUCCAGUCAAGAAGAAGCGGAUGGAGGGCUCUGGCUCUCUGGGCCUGGAGGAGACAGGGAACAGGCGCAUGCAGAACUUUGCCUUCAGCGGAGGACUCUACGGGGGCCUGCCCCCCACACAUAAUGAAACGGGCUCCCAGCCGCAUGGCAUCCACGGGACAGCACUCAUUGGUGGCUUGCCCAUGCCAUACCCGAACCUCGCCCCUGACGUGGACUUGACUCCUGUUGUGCCAUCAGCAGUGACCAUAAACCCCACACCAAACCCUGCGGUCUAUAACCCUGAAGCUGUAAAUGAACCCAAGAAGAAGAAGUACGCAAAGGAGGCUUGGCCAGGCAAGAAGCCCACGCCUUCCUUACUGAUUUGAUACUUUUGGCUAUGGAGCGGGUGGGGACGGGCGGGAAUGGGUGGAGGGCUGGCAAUGAACUAGGGAGAAAACUUUCCAUGUGUGCGGUAUCUGUCUUUCAGAAAGUCUCCUGGGGUCCUAACCAUGUAAUACUGACGAGGGGUGGGGCUAAAGUACCAGUUAGAGACCUGAGUCAGAGCACGAAGUGUGGAGAGAGGCUGCCCGGGUGCCCUCCCUGUGCUCCGCCUCCGUCAUGUGAAAUCCACACUGGGUGGAACCCAGAGCUAUGGAGGAGGCGGUAGCCUCAUUUAAAUUCAUUUUCCUUGUGGGUCCCAGGUAGCAAAAUGGUCACCAUGGAUCCCAGGUUGGUUGGCAUUCUUCAUUGUAACCAAGGUGUAUGUACGCUCAAGGGUUCUUGGUUUUGAGGUCCAGUAGUUAGGCCUUCUCCUGUCCUUUCUGCUGAAGUGACCACGUUGAGUUGCCUUUGUCUGUGGCCAGUGUCGCGGACACGGGUUUAUGUAUGGUUUAUGGUGUUGUUGGACUUUACCUAUCUUCCUUGUCCACACUGAACACUCCACGUGCCUAGUUCUCAUUUAGUUCCGGUGCCAUCCUCCCUGUGGCACCGUCUUUUUGUGCGUACCGCAAGGCAGUUUCUGAGACUGACCAGUUAGGGCGGCUCACGUUGAACAGGGAGAGACUGCUAUGUAAGGACCAGUCAGGAGGGCAUGCUCAACUGUUAGUUUGGAGGCUCCCUCAAUCCGUCCCCACCUCCCAGUGGAGAGUUCAGGUUAUUCAGAGCUCCAGGCUAGGCCUGGCUGACAGGAGACAAGGUAGGAACCAUUGAUGAGCUUUGUACAGAUUUGUACAUUUGUGUAAUAGGCCUUUUCUGCUUCAAGUGUAGCUUUUUACCUGUAACCUUUACUACAUUGUAAAUUAAAUGUAACUUUUGUCA